AUGGCAACAACUGCAUCCGGUGCAGACCGUUACAAGCUAAUCUUCUUCGUCCCUCACCCCAGCCUUGAAGCGUGCAAAGAAGCCGUCUUCACUACAGGCGCAGGAACAUUCCCUGGAGGAAAAUACUCGAAGACAUGCUUCCAAACCCCCGGAACAGGGCAGUUCUUGCCUGGAGAUGAGGCGAAUCCUAACAUCGGUGCAAUCGGCACGUUGGAGCACGUGGAGGAGAUGAAGGUUGAGAUCCUGUGCGUCGGGAGACAGACUAUGCUUGACGCUGUGAAGGCUCUGCUCAAGGCCCAUCCGUAUGAGGAACCUGCGUAUGAGGUCUAUAAGUUGGAGAAUGUGUAG